GCCCAAUGCCCGUGCAGUUUGGCGGGCGCCGCGCGUAUGUUUCUCGUUGCGACUUGGAGGAGAAGGAGAUUCGCCGUCUCACCCCUUCCCUGCCUGCUCCCUCGUCUAAGAAAAGCGGGCAGAGCAGAGACGGCGGCGGCAGGCCAUCGCGGACUCCCGCUCACCCUCGUCUGCCACCGCCUCCCAGGUCAGGGGCCGACGGCGACGGGUGGGGAGGGGCGGCAGAGGUAGUCCGAGGGGAGGCUGUGGAGCGGAGGGCGGAGAGAGGCCACGCCGUCCGGAGUCUCCAGUUCCGUCGCCACAGCUUCCUGCCGCGCCUGGGCCGAGGUAAACGAGAGGGAUCGAGGAAGAAGUAUCCCCCGGAGCCCCUUCCCCCGAACCCGAAGGCUCCGGAAUGGCGCACUGGGUUAGCGACAGUGAUGGCAGUGACAACUUUGAAUGGGAUAGUGAUGGCAAUGGGGAGGAGCCAGCGAACUUCAAUGCUGCUGGUGCCGGUUCAUCAGCUCUGAGAUCAACGAACACUGAUGCUCCAGGUCCAUCAACACGGGUUGCUAAUGGCAAUGGGAAGGCUGGGCCAUCUGCCUCCUUGGUUCAAAAGUAUAUGGACAUGGGUUUCACGGAAGAGAUUGUUCGGAAGGCCAUGAAGGACAAUGGGGAUAAUGGAGCAGAUUCAUUAGUUGAGCUUCUUCUUACUUACCAGGAACUAGGCAAUGACCUCAAAGUGGAUAACGGCUUCGCUUCUGGUUGUGCCCCCCAAACUGUUGAUGAUAGUGAUGAUGACGACAUUCUAGAAAACUGGGAUGAUGAGGAUGCUGAUGGUGGGAGAAGCACCAGGGUUGCUAACUCUAUUGAUGAUUCUGAAGACGAGGUAAUUGCAAUGCUAGUUUAUGUAGCUUGUCAACACAGGAUUUCUCAGUGCUCUCCUGUGCUUUCAACACAGGAUUUCUUAAAUGAGAUGUCACAGAAGGACAAGAAAGUUGAUUCCUUAGUUAAAAUGGGGUUUCCUGAAGACGAGGCUGCACUGGCUAUUACUAGAUGCGGGCAGGAUGCAUCUAUUUCUGUUCUGGUGGAUUCCAUAUAUGCUUCACAGACCGCAGGAGAUGGUUACUGUGGCAAUUUGUCUGACUACGAGGGUAAUUCCAAUGGAGGGAGAAACAAAGGAAGGUUCAUGGACGGGAACAAAAAAAAGAGAAAAAGAUAUGGAGGUCAAGCACAGGGAAAUAGAGGCCCAUUAGAUGGUAGCUGUGAAGAACCCAUGCCUCUCCCAAAUCCAAUGGUUGGAUUUAAUUUGCCGGACCAUUGGACAAGACCAGUAGACAGAUCGCUGCCUACACAAGCUAUUGGACCACCAUACUUCUACUACGAGAAUGUUGCUCUUGCUCCAAAGGGUGUCUGGACUACCAUAUCUAGAUUCUUGUACGAUAUUCAGCCGGAGUUUGUGGACUCCAAGUACUUCUGCGCUGCUGCCAGGAAAAGAGGCUACAUACACAAUCUACCACUUGAGAGAAGGUCGCCUCUCCUCCCCUUACCUCCGAAGACAAUAUUUGAAGCAUUUCCUCGUACCAAGAGGUGGUGGCCUUCAUGGGACCCAAGGCGGCAGUUCAAUUGCCUCCAGACUUGUACGUCUAGCGCAAAACUGUUAGAGAGGAUUCGUGUAACCCUUGCAAACAGUUCGGAUCCACCACCUCCAUUAGUUCAGAAGUUUGUGCUGGAGGAGUGUAGGAAAUGGAAUCUGGCUUGGGUUGGCCUAAACAAGGUUGCUCCCCUAGAGCCUGAUGAGAUGGAGUUCCUGCUUGGCUUUCCCAAGGAUCACACCAGAGGUAUCAGCAGGACAGAGAGGUACCGAUCUCUUGGAAACUCGUUUCAGGUUGACACUGUUGCUUACCAUCUCUCAGUCCUCAAGGAUAGGUACCCACAAGGCAUGAACGUGUUGUCUCUAUUCACUGGCAUCGGAGGAGCCGAGGUGGCUCUCCAUAGGCUCGGUAUACGCAUGAACACAGUCGUUUCAGUAGAGAAGUCUGAGGUGAACAGGACUAUUCUGAAGAGCUGGUGGGAUCAGACACAGACUGGUACCUUGAUUGAGAUCAAUGAUGUGCAGACGCUGACAGCUGAUAGGAUCGAGGCAUAUAUUAGACGAAUUGGCGGCUUUGAUCUCGUGAUAGGUGGAAGCCCAUGCAACAAUCUCGCUGGGAGCAACCGCCACCACAGAGAUGGCUUGGAGGGCGAACAUUCUUCAUUGUUUUACCAUUAUUUUAGGAUCUUGGACUCCGUCAAGUCCAUCAUGGAGCGCCUGUAGUUUUUAGAAACUUUUGAUGUUCUGGUUCGUAGAAUUGUAGCCGUCUUUCCCUGUGAUCAAACUUGUGAAUGAUUUGAAGGUCGACUGGUGUAAUAUUCAUGUCACUCUAAUUUAGGCUACUUUCGUUAAUUACCUCUUGUGAUCAAUGCAAAUUGAAAGGCAGGUUUCAUUUCUUAA